UGUGGUGUCUAAUUGCCGUGGUGUGUUCGGGUUUUUUGUUAUAAAACUAAAUAAAAUGAACGUGAACGGUUUUUGUCGAAUUGUCAGUAAAAAACUUCCUCAGCAGUUCGCCUACAAGCGAAUUGUCACAUUUUCCACAAAGCCGGCGCAGCAACAACAAGAAGCAACUGUUUCGACUCCCACAUUGCCCAACAACAAUACUCCGGCUGCUCGUAAACCCAUUGUGCCUGGACACUAUCGUUUUGUUUAUCCGGAGUUUCUGCCAGAUCCCAAAGUACAAUGGCGGAACACGGUACGCGAGAAACUGGAACGCUUAGAUAUGUUGGCUCGCCGAGGACAAGUCGAUUUACCAGAGUUCUAUGUGGGCUCCAUUUUGGCGGUAACCAGCUCAGAUCCCCAUGCUGCUGGCAAGACCAGUCGAUUCGUAGGAAUUUGCAUACAUCGCGAGCGUUGCGGACUUCGGGCACGUUUCAUACUGCGCAAUGUUAUUGAUCACCAGGGCAUGGAGGUGCUCUACGAACUGUACGAUCCUACGAUUCAAAAGGUGGAAGUUCUCCGUUUGGAGAAACGCCUCGAUGACAGUCUCUUUUAUUUGCGUGAUGCACUGCCAGAGUUCAGCACCUUUGAUGAGAACAUGGAGGCCGAGCAUUUGGAGGAGGGUGCACCUGUCCCAGUGAAUGACAUUAAAGUGGUGUUACGUCCAAGACCUUGGCUCGAGCGUUGGGAGCGCCAGAAUUUGCUUGGUGUUGCCAAUAUCGAGCAAUAUAUUAAAGAUAAACAUCGCAAGUCGGCCGCCAAGGUGCAAAAACCUUGGGAGAAAUACGAUCUAAUGAAACAAUAUCGUGCCACCAUACCUGAAGAGGAACAAAAGGAAAUCUUCGCCGAGGUGCACACCGAACUACAUACUUUGGAGCUGCAGCGCAAGCGUAAUAAACGCAAAAGAUCCUUCAUUAAACCAAAGCAGCUGGCGUAGACUUGUCAUCAGUGAGGCAUUUGUUAUUAACUAAAUGUAGUUUCAUUUUAAAUUUAAAGAAGGAAAUAAACAAAAUCCUGUAUCGUUA